UACUUCAGACUCUCAUUCAGCAUGCAGCCCUUGCUCUGUGGCUUAUUUCUCAUGUGCUGUCUGACACGCUUAGGUGCCCACAAUGAAGGAAUCAUUGGAGGCCAUGAAGCCAGGCCACAUUCCAAGCCAUACAUGGCCUUUGUGGAUUUAACCGUGGGAAUAAAUGUAAAUGACAGCUGUGGUGGGUUUCUAGUGAAAGAAAAUUUUGUGAUCACUGCAGCACAUUGCAAAGGGAAAGCUACUGUUAUUCUCGGUGCACACAACAUAUAUGCAAAAGAAAAAACCCAGCAAGUUAUUAAGGUUGUUGAUUACAUACGACAUGAAAACUACACUACACCGCUUCUUCAGAAUGACAUCAUGCUUCUUAAGUUGGAAAGAAAGGCCAAACUGACAAAACAAGUACAGAUUAUAAAGCUCCCCAGAAACAACGAAGAUAUUGCCUCGGGGAUAAAGUGCAAUGUAGCAGGUUGGGGCAGAGUAAACGCUGCAUCAUCUUCCAUCUCCAGCACACUCCAGGAAGUGGAUAUGUACAUAAUGGACAGGAAAAUUUGCAAAGAAAAAGAAUUCAAACGUGUAGAUGAUACAGUACUUUGUGUUGGAAACACCAAAAAUAACAAGACUACUUUCAAGGGUGAUUCUGGUAGUCCCUUGGUUUGUAGUGGCAUAGCACAGGGCAUAGUAUCGCAUGGUUUAAGAGGAAAACCAGUUCCUCCCAGAAUUUUUACCCGCAUUAACAAAUACCUGGACUGGAUUAAGAAGAAGAUGACAUAAGAGGAAUAGACUCAAGGACUAGAUAUGGUUGGCUGAGUAUUUACAAUCAAAAAGCACAGUGAAAACCAACAGCUAACAAGAAAACUACCUUGCAUCUUGUUCUGCAUACCACUAAUAACUGCAAUGACUAUGAUUUCCUUUACAGAUCUAGCUGUUGUAAUGUUUUUAUAAAAUUUCUGUGUUCAAAAGUUUAGUUUUUCAUAUUUAGCUGAAAAGUCUGCAUUUUAUAUCCAGUUCAUAAAUAAACUAGAGAAUUCUGGUGAAGUUAUUUGCAAAUAAUUGUUAAUAAAUGGUAAAGUAAUAAUUGGUACACAUUUUUAUGACUGAUUAUGUGAUAUUGAGUUACAAAGACCAUAGAGAUGAGGUAUGACUUAAAU